GAUGGCGACAGUGUAACAGAGGGAAGGACGAAGCGCCAGCGUCCAGAGCAGUGACAGACGUACGGACAUGAGCGGCCGUCGUCCUGAGGCCUGCACACCUGGGCUCCACCCACACAGGUGUUCUCGCUGAAGUUACCUGAUGAGACCUGCUCCUAGAACUGCGUGGACGAGUCAUGAGGCGGAAUCAGUGCUUCAACACAGACUGAAAGUAUUGCUGCUAUGUCUGAUCUGAAGCCAAAUGUACAAGAGGACAAAGACGUGGAAGCGGUGUCUGACAGCCCGGGUCGUACUCAGGAGCCAUUACAGAGUCACACAUUCUCUCUGAAAAACAAUGCUGCAGGUCUGUCCUCAGAUGAACACGAAAACCCUUUAAAUGGAACCCAGCCGAAUCCAUUUGUAUACAGCAGUGUCCCUGCUGUUCCCCAUGCAGGCAAUUCAUUGCCUUCAGGAGCACUUGUUAAUGGACCUGGUUCACACCCCACCUCAGAGGUACACUGUGUCCUGAACAAAGGCACUGUUUUAUCCAACAAUGUCCCGGACGCCGCGUGGCAAGUGGAGAAGGACACGAGCCCUGAGGUGUUACCACCACCUAGUGAGCUUCAAUCAGACGCUUGGAAGAACACAGCGGGGCCCGCUGUAAAAACACUGGCCACACAGCCAGGUGUCAACACGCCACUGUCUCACUCGGAGGAGAAUGAGUCUAAACUGGCCCGUUCCACACUGUCAGGUGACUGUGCAGAGCAAAUGCACAUUAGCCAACCCUGGACAAAACAGACAAUGGAAACAGAAUCUCGGCACAGCGUUGAAUGGUCAGGAGGCUCCGCUGAUGAUUGUGUUGAUGCUGAAGUAAUCAGAUGGGAUUCAGCAAGCGUCGUGCACAAUGACAGAAGGCUGGAGACCAGAGUGAUGCACCGAAGAGACAGGCAGCACAGCACACAUGUAAAAAGCAUGUCAGGCUCUCCAGAAAAGGUUAACAACAGCUUAAAUCACACAUACAGGCGUCCCUGCAGGGGUAAUGAUGUUGAAAAUGUUGACAUCGCCAACAAAAACAAUUCUGUGGAUGCACAGUCUGGUGUUAAAUAUUCUGUGGUGUCAUUCAAAGAUCUUUCUAGGAACACAGCUUCAGACUCUGAGCACCAUGUUUAUCGUGCAGCACAGGAAGGCUGUAAUGAGGAACAUGACCCUGAAGAUGAAGAUGGUUUCAGUCCAAAGCUGGAACAGCUGAAGACAGAGCAACGAGAGCUGUCUUUCUUUUCAUGCACAAUAUGCAAUGUUAAUUUCAAGGAAAAAAGAAAUUUCCAUAGACAUAUGAUGUAUCAUUUAGGCAGGCAUAAUCAGGUGAACAGCGAGAAUGUUUCUCAGACCUUUAUAUGCAGGGAGUGUGGGCGUUUGUUCUGUGAUAGCAACUCCCUCAUGAGGCACAUCAUUAUUCACCAAGACAGGCUGGAAAAACUUAUGGAAGAAAUCAAAGGUCUCAGAAGCACUGAAUUUGAAGACAGAGGCGCCACAGUGCAGUGCCCUCAGUGCGGAUUUGGUUGUAAUUGUCUGAACAUUUUUGUCCAGCAUGCCAAAACACAUGACAAUCUGAAGCACUACUACUUCUGUGAGGAGUGUAACUACAUUACACUCACACAGCAGGCACUUGAACUACACUUACAUGUUGCACACCUGAACACACGCCAGCCUCAAUACAGGAGAGUGGCUCAUGCUAAUGAUGCAGAGGAAGCAGACCAUGUUCAGUUUCAGUGUAAAAUGGGUUUUUUCACUGGUACAGACACUGUAGUAUUGGAAAGACAUUCUGAGCAGGAGAAUCAGCGAUCACACUAUGAUAAUUAUAAAAAGUUUACUGAGCAGUCCCAAAUAUCUGGGUGUAAACCACAUCUGUUUGAAUCUGCUUCUGAAGAAACAGCGUGUUUCCCACACUGUUCCAGUGGAAACGAUGGAACUGGAAAUUCUCCUCAGCUCAAGUGUUGCGUUGGAUGCAGCAAAAACACGCUGUCGCCAUCUUUGUGGAGGAUCAGCAAGAAUGGAAAAUUACUCCUGCAGCCAGCAGAAGAAUCAGAUGUGGCAACUGAUCUCACUGGUGUGGGAGAAGAUGCUGAAAAACAUGACCACAAGGCUUUUGGCAGCGCAGAGCAGGCAAACUGUCCUGCAACUGCUGAUUUUCUGCUAUCAGCCAGAAAUCUUAAAUUAGACCAGAUGUUCUGUCAGGGUAGCAAGAGUGACCCGGAAAGCAGGAGUUUACAAGCACAAGCAAACCGAAAUUCUCCAUCAGUGACAAAAAUGUCAACACCUUUGCAUAACACUAUUGACAGUAUGAAUAGUAAUAUAUUGCCAAGGCUUAGCCAGAGGCAUAAGAAACAUGCUGCAGUUAGGGAGUCGGAGAGAGGCUGUGAGGGCGGCCAGAACCUCACUGAUGACACCCGCAGAGCUACAGGCAGCUUCUUGGAAAGCAGUGAAAAUGAAAGGAACCCGUACGCUCGCAAGUAUUUCAGAAAGAGGCCGAGGUUUUCAGCCAAAGACCAAAGCCCCCAUAGACCCAAGGAUGAAGAUGAUGGAGAUGAAGACUGCAGUGACAUCGAGCAACUCAUAAUCAAGGAGGAGUAUAUUGAAUCUACAGUGUGCGAUAAUUCCCCAGAACCGUCCUGUAUGUCUACAGGGGACAGCUUUGAUGUUUUCCCCUCUCAAGUGGUAGAACACAAGCCCUGUCCAUACUGCCCGGCCAUGUUUGAGUCUGGGGUGGGUCUGUCCAAUCAUGUGCGAGGGCACCUUCAUCGAGUUGGCUUGAGCUAUAACGCUCGCCACAUGGUUUCGCCGGAGCAAGUGGCGCUGCGGGACCAUCAGCCACGCACCCGCAGGAGGAUCUACCCUGGCACGAGGAGAAUGAGAAAAGAAACCCAAGGAGAGCACACGUGUCCCCUGUGCUGGGGUUGGUUUGAUACGAAGACCGGCCUCUCCAACCAUGUGAGGGGACACCUGAAACGGAUAGGCAGAAGUGUUACCAGCACCAGCAAGUCACCACUGAGCAUCCUGAAUGAACUGCUGCAGGACAGAGAGGAACAUCGCAACAUCCUCCAGGUUCUCAACAAGGGACAGUGUCCCCCACGACCUUCAGUCCCUUGCAAGUUCAUCGGUGGCAGUGGCCUGGUCUUGAUGCGCACUGCACUACCAGUGAAAAUCCAGUAUGACAUGAAGAGUCCGCCUCCUGCAGGGGAUAGAUUUGGACCAAAACAGGAGGCGGGGGCCUUCUCAGAGAAGAAGAAGCGGCAGGCAGAAGCACAAAGAGGCAUUAAGGCCUCCUCCAGCACUUUAGUUGAACUGCUCAAGACAAGACGGGGCAGUCUGGAGCUUAUGGAGACAAACAACCAGGAAGACUAUGCAGCCAGGAAGCUCUGUGGUAUGACCAAAGAUUACAAGGAGAAGACGCAGGCGACAAGUGUGGAACCAAACUGGACACACGUGGAAUGUGAUUCAAACAAGAUUUGUAUUCAGUGUAACAGCAGCUUCCCCACUGCUGUCAGUGUGUCUGGUCAUCUUCAAGCCUAUGCAUGCAGGAAGAGGAUCGCUGUUCUUGAAGAAGCAGGCUAUGAUUAUAAACAGAAGAAGCCGAGACCAAGGCCUGGGCUAAAAAAGAAGAUUUUACCCUCCUUGAAUGCUCAGAUAUACACACUCACCUGCAGAUUCUGUGACCUGGUCUUCCAGGGUCCCCUGUCGAUCCAGGAGGAUUGGAUCAAGCAUUUACAGAGGCACCUUCUGCACACUAACGUGCCCCACUCAGGGACAGGGAUGGUGGAGGUUUUGGGUCUUCGUCACAAAAUACAAAUUAGCAUGUCUCAUGAGCACGCACACAUUGUGUAGAGUGGCACCGGUCUGGAAGACUCUUGCCUCUUGAUUUUGCACAGUAUUUAUACAACUCAGAUUAAUCUGCAGCUGCUUAUACAAGUAUACAACAGUUACUCCAGACUGCUUAAUAAUGGUAUAGAAUACUGUAAAUUAUUAGCAAAAACUUUAUUAUAGGAUAUUUUAAUGCUAUGGUUUGCCAUAUACACUUGGCUAAUACAGCAUAUAGGAUCUAUCUUUACUGACUGCUGUUUGAACUGAACACAGUGUUAGUAUGAGCAGAAAAAUGAAAACGUAUCUAUCUUCAGCUUAAGCUGGUGUGGCAGUGCAGAACUGUCUCUGUUAGAGAAACGUUCUCAUGUUUGUCAUGAUAAAAAAGUGCCUUGUUAUUAUGACAAACCAUUUUGUUAAAAUGAGAAAGAAUUAUCAUUAUAAAGUGGGAAAACAUCCAGCUGUCGAACUUUCUAUGCCAAAAACCAACAUUUCUCAUUAUGAAAAAAAAAAUCUCAACUUCCUUUUUUUCCUUUUAUAACUUUUUGCCAUAAAGACAAAAGUUAAAGAGCGUUGCUGCUGUUACAUUGGCAAAUACAUGAACCUGAGCAUUUGAAUGAAUUUCAUGUCUCACGUUCUUUCAGAGCCAACAUAAAAUAAACGUGUGCUCUUUUUAAGCGGCGCAGACAGGGCUGUCAUUAGCUUUGCAGGAUUUCACCUCUCUGUGCCUGAAUCAGAGAGAAUCUCUCUUCAUCAAAGUGACAUUGGAGAUGCUGCAUUAUGUUUGGACAGUUUGUUCUGACACUGUUUGUUCUUCUGCUUAACCUUCAACCAUCAGUGUAAUUUCUGAAAUCUGGCUCUCAUCCUAACCGUGGUAUCAGCAUCAAACUGUCCAGUAAUAACAAGAAAACGUUUUAGUUAUAACGACAUAUUGUCAGUUAUUUUUCUCAUUGUGACAGCUCUGUAUUUCUAAAGCCUUGGACACAACAUGGGUCCCUUUGGCUCAAGUCCAACAUUUUAGAACCCCUUCAUUUUUCCAGGUAUUACUGAAAUGAGCACAGUGUGGUGUCUCAGCGUACUCUGAAAUCAAAAUACAGAACAAUAAAUAAUCAAGAUGUUUUUCUUAAAAAAAGAAUGAUGGAAUCUUAAAUCCUAAACUGAAUCUACAUGUUUGACUCAUCCAGCAGCCAAACACAUUUGUGACUUUCUUCCUACAAUGAAAAUCAAAUAUUGCUCACAAACGUUUUGAAGAAGUUCUGCUGAUUAUUUUGCACUUUGCUUUGAUUUCACCUUCUGACCAGUUCAUGCCAAACCAGCUCCAUGGGGUUUAGACAGAGGGUUUGUACAUCAUCCAGAAGAGUUGGGUCACCUGUUGGGAAUAUGUGCAUUAACUCUCAGGGCUUCAUUUACUUCCAUUGCAGGAGGAGAGCUGGAAAUUAACCAGUUCCUCCAUCCCUGAAAAAGGCCUGUUUUCUAUGAAAUGUACAUGAUUUCUUUCUUUUUUUCCACCUCGGGCAGUUUAACUCUUACCUGUGCACCAGGUUACAAGUUAUUCACUGGACUGGAACUUCUGAAAUUUCAAUAAAAACAAACAUUUGACCAGUUAAUAGUCACACUGAACAUUUUCAUACUGAACAGUGUGAAGACCCCUGGAACUGAACAUAUAUAGCACAUAUGCCCUUCAACUGGCUAUACAAUGCACAGUGGUGACACAUCACUGAACUGAUAGAUUGAACUGACUGAAUUUUUCUUUUCUUUUUUACAUUUCCACUGUUUAACUAAUCCAGCAGGGAAGAUGCCCAGGACGUGCUUUUAAGCCUCUUACUGUAUGUGGUCCAGUCUGGAUGAACUCAUUGCCAACACUGAAAUACUUUGUUUAAAGUUCUGUACAGGAAAGUAUAUCAGGAAUAUAGACUCCUGCCUUUUUGUCUGAUCAUUUUGGAGGCUGCAGUUUGUGCAUGCUGUUGGACUGCACCGUAUCAUGGUGAUAGGUGUGCCCAUUAUUUUGACCACCCUUUUCAAAUCGGUGAGGGUAGGCUACGUGACAGACACGCCUCUGUGUAUAAUACACUACAGUUACUACAACAGCACAAAGUGCAGCUUCCAAAAUAAUCAUUCUAACAUUCAAACCUUCAUGAAGGAGGAUUUAUCACAGGACUGUUGUAUUAGCCUGCAUUAGCUUUAGUUAGGUGUUCCUAAUAAACUGACAACUGAGUGAACGAUAUGAAUGUAUGUAUCAUCUUCAGUAGAGCUUGUGCUAUAAUAAUUUUUAACACACUGUUAAAGCCAAUGACUUUAAUAUAAGGAAAAUUAGAACAGUAGGUUUAUGACCAGCGUCAUAAAAAAUGUUUUUCCUGAAAUAUUCAGCUUGUUACACUUUUAAGGUUUUAAGAUUGUAGACAUGUAGCACUUGCUAGCAUCCUUACUAUUCUGAUUUUUGUCAUUACAAGUUGUUAAAUAAUUCCUAUAUAUAUGUCUUAUAUAUGUGGUAUUGAACAUACUCUAAUUCAAC